UAACGUCCAAAACAAAACAAUAUUUUUCUGAAUGAUUUAGUUUCCAUGGAUUUCAAAAAAUCUCGUUUAAUCAGCCUGUAAUCAUUAACUACGUAGCUUUAUAAGAUUUAUUCAUCACAAUUACCAGGCUACCAAAAGCAUCGGGUCUUUAUACGAUCUAGAAGUUUUCGACAAAAAUUGUGUUUUGAGAUCUUUAGGUCUUUAUUGUUGAUCCUCAGUUAUUUACAAACUCCAUUAUUCUAACAUAGCACCUGCAGCCUCCAUAUUACCAUAUUAUUCAGAAUACUUUAUUCCUACAUACUCUAAGACUGUGAACCUCGUCAAAUCUCAAAAUGGAACAAACAAAUCGCACCAAUAUUAACCUCUCGACUCGUUUGAGUCUUGCUCUUGUGAUGGGAUUUUUGGUGGUGUUUUCUGUGGUUUCUCCUUGUCUCUCCAUCGAUUCAAGAGGAUGGGGAGAUGAUAUAAAAUGGAAGACAUUUGAAGAAGGAAAAGAAGAGGCAAAAACUAGUCACAGGCCUAUGAUGAUGGUGAUUCAUAAGACAUGGUGUGGCGCAUGUAAAGCUCUGAAGCCAAAGUUUGCAGCAUCUAAAGAAAUUGCUGAACUGAGUAAAAAGUUUGUGAUGGUGAACAUCCAGGACGACGAAGAGCCAAAAGAUCCUCAAUUCCAGCAAGAUGGUGGAUACAUUCCUAGGAUAUUCUUUUUAGAUUCGUUUGGACAAGUUCAAAAGGAUAUCAUAAACGAUGGAGGAAAUCCUUCAUACAAAUAUUUCUAUGGCAAUGCAAAUUCAAUUGUUAAUUCAAUGAACAGUGCUUUGGACAAGAUGAUUCAAGGUGUCCGCAUUGAAGAUGAAUUAUAAUCAAGAUGAUCCAAGUCUUACCGGGGAUUGGGUGGGGCUAUAGUGCUCAUUAGUCAUAUAAUUCUAGUAACUACUAGAUAGAAUAAAUGUAGAAAGACUAUUAAAUUUAUAAAAUUGUCGUAA